ACUUUGCAUGGACAUGGGUUGUAGAGGUUGUACGUUUAUAUGUAUUUGUCCUCAUUAGUAAUACAAAUCUGCAAUGGAAGAAGUUGUGAAAAACACUCAUGCAUUUGUUGAUGUUCUUUGUAUGGCCAGGGGAGAAGCUGURCAGGGUUGGGACGAAGACACUUUUCAAAGAGCUUUCAAAUGGGCCCAAUAUUUUGAACAGGUCUAUAAUAAGCUCAAGUCCAAGCCAGGGCUGGCAGACAAGCUGGAUAAAUACAUCAACAACUUCAACAAGACUACAAAUGUUUAUCUUGGCAAUGUUCAUUUAUCAUUUGCUCAGCUUGAAAACUCAAAGAAUAUUCUUAGAAAUUGUCUUCUGCAAAACCCAUACCUUACCAACUCUCAAUUCAGAAAUGUCCUUAAAUUAUAUGGAAUAACUAUUGGCUCAGAAAAUGACAGAAAUCACUUGGAAACUCUCCAAGAAGAUAUUGCUCUAUUGAUGAAACACAAAGGGACUUUAAAACUUCUUUCAGAGAUGAGAGAUAAAUUAACUAAUGAUACCAUACAGUGUAAUCACAAAACUGAGAAGCAAGAAAUAUUUACUGAGCAAAGAACUGAUACUCUUGAUGCUUGCACUCAAAGCAUCUCGCGAGAUUCAACAGGAGAACUUUUGUUUAAAUAUGUUCAGCAUGUAUUGGAUUAUUCAGGAUCAAAAGAUCAACAUUGCAUAAGCAAUAAACUAGACAUCAUAUCAACUCAAGACCAGGGAAUGGAUACAAUAGCAUCUUGUUUAUUAUAUUUUCCUGAUGACUGCCAGUCUCUAUCAAGGGCUAAGAUGACACAAAGGAUUAUCCUAAAGUGGUUGCUAGAUGAUCUAGAAAUCAAGAAAUAUCAUCCAUUUUGGCAUCUUUCAGCAUCAUACCUGAGUAAAMUUUCCUUCAAAUAUGAAGAUAUAUUCAAGCUGUAUUUAGACAGUCUGAUAUCGUGGGGCAAUAGGAUGAUGCUGGUGUUAACAUACCAGCUGUCAGAUCAAGAAAGAAUGUCACAAUACGAUAAACAAGUUUACAUAUGGAGAUGUUCAGAUGGUGUCUUUGUAAAUGGUGAUCAUGGUACUACUUUUGAGGASUUUGUUCAGCAUUUUGUAAAUCUUAUGGGUGGACCAGCACACAUUCAAGAUUGUUGUUAUAAAAUGCUAAAAUCUAGCAUGGUUGCUUAUGAUAAAUUGCCAUUGGUGAAYGAAAUUGCUAAAAAWCUUGGUGUAAAUUUCUGGAAAGAUGUUUGCAAGUCGUUAUCUAUAGAAACUCAAGAUURCAUGAAUAUUGCACUCCAAGGCAGCAGCGCAUUGUGUUGCUCUUAAACUUCAAGUUAGCUUAGUAUUAUUCAGAUCAAUGUUUUAAGUGAAUUUCAUCACUGAAAUAUUUGUUUUUAUUGAAAUUUGCUUGCAUCUGCACUUGAAAAAAUGGGUAUCAUGUAGAUGUUCCAUCUGUUUCUACCCUCACUUCCUCGCAUGUUGUAGGAAUAUAAGCAAAUCACUCAAUAAUGGCUUUUUUCACUUCUCUAAAUUCAAACAUAAUUAUUUUUUAUAAAUAUAUUGACUGAAAAAAUAAUAAGUGUAUAAAAAAUGUGAGUUGCUCAUUUUGACAUGAUGUUGUAUUACACAUUUCAAAGCAUUUAAUAAAUAAUUAUUAAUGGGUAAAUAAGCUUACAAAUAACUGAAUAAAUUAUAUUUGAUGUUUU